AUGGAACCACCAUCGAAGACAGUCCCACUGGGCCCGGGUGUUCCCCGCCAGACAGUUUGGCCCUACCAAGCCAACUACAAGCUGGAGAACCAUGAGGAGUGGGAGUUGGAAGAGUCGGACUGGGGCCGAAUUGCAAACGGGCAUGUGGUCGAGUUCUCGGCCUCUGAUGAUGAAGCACCAUUGAGUACACUUGUUGCCUGUCAAAACCAGCCAUCCGGCGUCGUUGCUGGUCAUCAGCCAAGGGUUGUGAUCAGGAGGUUGUUGGUCAGACGAGGGAGUGAGGGUGUCGAGAUCAAGCCUGUUGGAGCCCGUUGGUCUCCUUCCUCUCAUCAUCUUGACGCCAAGAAAAUGGUCACCCAGCCGGCCGAUGAUGCACUCAGCACACUCAGCAACACCACCCCAGGCAGCACCAAAGCCCUGCUCCUCCAUGCCCUCAGCCGCGACAACCACAGACACGCCCUCGCGCAUCUCAUCCGUCUUGACCAGCCAACCCACGACUUCUACCCUUGCCUCUUUGCCGUGUGCGGACAAAUUGGCCGGGGGAUGGGAAACAUGCGCAAAGUCGCCGGACUCUCCCCCAGCCCUGAUCUACAGACCAGAAUCAUCAAGGCAUACAUCAGAAACCUGCUCAGGUGUAACCAGCCCAAACGUGCCUACGCACUCCUUGCCCGCUUUGACUUCGGCCCACACAUCGACCUCCUCGCAGAGGCACAGCGCAUUGGCGGCAGAUUUGCCCCCAAGGCCAUCUGGAUCAGCCGCCAGCCACUUCCGGGCCAGAAAUAG